AUGAUGAAGAUGAUGAGGAACAAUAAGUACAACGAAGACAACAACAAUAGCGAUGCAAGCCAACAUGCACCACAUUUAGAUGAUUUCAAUAACACAUCAACACCAGCACCACCACUACCGAACCAUUCGGAACAUGAGAUCCAGGACCCUUCUGUAGAUCUUUCCGCUUCAUCAUCAGCCUCUUCAUCAUCCUCAACCAUGAUAACCAACCAACAACAACAACAACAUCCUCUUCAUGAAAAGGAAGAGCCUCUUCAUGCAGGAGUGGUCGUACACUCGAUCAUGAACCAUUAUGGUGGCCUCACUCUCCGAAAUGUAAGCUACAAGAAAAAGGACAAGAUGAUCCUCUCUGAUAUUAGUUGUACAUUUCCACAGGGUCAAAUGACGUGUAUUAUUGGAAGUUCAGGUUCUGGUAAAUCUUCCUUGUUAGAUCUCAUUUCUCGUCGUGUGAACAACUCCAAAGAAUGUUUUGGAGAGAUUGAGUUCAAGGGACGAUCCAUGACAAAGAAACUCUUUCAAAAAGAGGGUGGCUACGUUUUUCAAGACGAUAUUUUACUCGCCACAGAUACCAUUCAUGAGACGCUCCUGGAAGCCUCUCUUCUCAAAUCGAAACUUUCAAAGAAUCAAAGUUUACUACAAUUAUUGAAAGAAAGAAGUGACAGAACCUUUGAAAUUGAGAAUCAAAUGGGACUCUAUUCAUGUAGAAAGGUGAAAAUUGGAAAUGGAGAAAAGAAGGGUGCGAGCGGUGGACAAAAGAGAAGAGUCAGCAUUGCCAUUCAACUCAUCAACAACCCAGAUUUAUUGCUCUUGGAUGAAUAUUCGAGUGGCUUGGACUCUUUCACUGCACUUCAAAUUGGAAAAACAUUGUCAUCAAUGGCUCAUGAACAAAAGAAAACCAUUUUGGCCACACUUCACCAACCUUCUUCAUCACUAUUUGCCUUAUUUGACAAUGUCAUGCUUCUCUCUAAGGGAAGAUUGAUUUAUUUUGGACCCAUCUCUGAAAUUAAGAGUUACUUUUCGAAAAUUGGAUAUCCAGUACCACAGGACACCAACUUAGCGGACUGGUUAAUUAACACAGUUUCUAAUCCAUUCUUGCAGCAACAAUCCAUCGAUAAAGCCAUACUCGCUGACUUGCCAUCUGAAUUACAAAAAACUCAACAACCGCUUGCAUUAUUGGAACCAUCUGAAUCUCAACUCUCAAUCUCUGUGGAGGGAAAUAUUGCAACAAGCAGUGACGAGCAAAUUCAAGUUGCUACUGGCACCAUUCUUACAACAGAAAAAAAGAAAGAGAAGUUAGAAAACGAAAUGGCAGUCAUGCAAAUACGUGUGGACUGGAUGGCUGAAGUGUUUAAGAUGCUCCAGAAUGCCAAAAUCACCAAUAUUUCAAGUCAUAAUAAUUUAAAAAUCUCUGAAAAACCUCAUGAAGAUUUACAAAAUUUGCCACAAACGAUAUCACAAUUCGACGAUUCUUUGACCUCUCGAAUCUUGAUCGAAUUUGUGAAAUAUUUGGUGUUAGUGUGGAGGAAUUUGAGAACUACUGUACGAGAUCCUCUCAUUCUUGUUUCUGAACUGUUCCAAACCAUUUUUCUCGGAAUUUUUACCGGUUUACUCUAUUUUAGACUUCCCUUAGAUCAACAAAGUAUUACUGAUAGAAUUUCUGCAUUAUUCUUUGUGGUAGCAUGUGCUGCAUAUGCACCCUCAGCAUCGGUUGUUGCCACUUUUCCACAACAAAGAGCAUUAAUGUCACGAGAACGAGAAAGCAAUUUAUACGGUACUUUUACAUAUUAUGCCGCCUAUACGACCGUCCACACACCAGUGGAGGCCAUUUUUCCAUGUGUCAUGUUAAUAUGCACGUAUUGGCUGGUUGGCUUUCAAAAUCGACCAGAAAACUUUUUCAUUCUGUUAGGAAUUUUAAUUAUUGUUCAGUGGUUGAGUGAAAGUUUGGGUCUCUUGGUUGGAGCUCUUGUCAAAACAGUCGAUGUUGGAAAUUUGGUCUUAUCUGUACUAAUGACAAUUUGGAUGUGCUUUGGUGGAUAUUUGAUAAGAAAUUCUCAAAUUGGAUGGUGGUUUUAUCCAUUCUCAUACACUUCUCUCUUCCGAUAUUCGGUUCAUGCAAUGACACAGAAUGAAUUUAAUCAAUUGAAUUUCAAAUGUGCUGCCGUUUCGAAAGCACUUCAAUCAGUGAAUGUGACCGAGUUGUGUACGUUCCGAAAUGAUAGUUCCAUUUUGUUGCCAAAUUCCACUCACUAUCUUCCUUUAGAACCUUACACGGCCGAAAUUUGUUCUAAAAUGAACUGGAAUAAUACCAUUACGACAUUGUCAUCGUUUGGAUGUUUGCAAAAUGGAGAACAAGCAUUGGCCUAUGUGUUUGAAGAUAGCAAGAUUCCAAUAUGGGGAAAUGUUCUCAUUUUGCUAGGCAUGUUUGUGUUUUUGAGAAUUUGUAUUUAUUUGGCUUUGAGAUUUAGACGAUUUGGAAAGAGAUAG